AUGCAAAUGUUGGAUAUUGAUUAUGAUUUGAUAUUUGGAAUUUCAGAUCAUGCUGGAAAUGCUGAAGAAAACUCUCCUAAUAAUCAUAUCCUUGAACUUUCAAAGCUUACUGAUGAUUCAACAUCAUCUCCUCAAGAGAUAGGCGAACGUAUGAAAAAUGAUCCAAUGGAGGGGGAACAUUUGGAUUCGAAAACUCUGAUGGAGGGGGAGCAUGCUUUUGAGGGGGAGAAUGAGAGAGAUAAUGAUGAUGUUGAGGGGGAGAGAUUAAUUGCUAAUGUUGAGGAAGAGCUAUUACAAAAUAAUGAAAAUUAUCAUGAUGUUAGUGAUGUUUGUUCAAUUGCAUGUUCAGAUAAUGAUGAAUUGUACGAAGACGCCCCUUUGGACUUUGAUCCAGCUUAUCCACCGAUGGACAAAUGGACAAAAGAUCAUCCGAAGAAACAAAUAAUUGAUUUUCAUGAAGAUACAAAGAGGAUAAUGCUUAAAGUUCUAGGGCGAGAAUCUACAUCCAUAAAGAGUCCGAAGAAAUUACCAGUUAUCGAAGUCGUGCCAAUACAACCAGAAAUUGUUGUUGUUGAUACCCCUUCGACUCAAAAGGAAAUCAUUCCUUCGAAGACUGGGGUUUUUCGAAGAAUCAAGAUGAAGUCAAAGCAUAAGAGUCGCUUACCUUUAGGAGUUAUUCUUCGUGACAUUUUUGCUCCUGCUUCACCGUCUUCUAAGAAGAAAAGGGCACCAAAUGGCCAAACACAUAUCGAUAAGAAGAAGGGUAGGGUGAUUAUUUCGUCGGAGUCUACUGCUGAUGAAAAUGAAACAAUUCUAGAGACACCGGAAGCUGAUCAUCAGAAAGAUUCGUCUCAUAUUGUGACAACCUGA